GACCCCUGUUUUUCCCCGGACUUCGGCAGCCGCCACGAGCGGGCUCCACAGCGCCUGAAAGGAGCUGGCCCUGCCGGGGCCCAAGAUGGCAGCUGCGAGCUGCGUGGGUUGGGCGGCCUUCCAGUUCCCCUGUCUCAGCGCUGGGCCGGAGGGAAAGUGCCCCACAGAAGUGUGCACCCCGCCUCGGCCACCUUGGACACGCACCCCCUGCUACUCCUCUGUGUGAGAGCAUUUUGAGAGACUUUUCGGCGUUUUUGAAGCCUUGCAAGAAGGGCUUAACCUGGGAAAGACAGGCGCAAUUUUCUUCUAAUACUAUAUUCCCCUAGUUCCCGUGGUGUUUCCCUCCCCUGGUUUCUCUCCUGUCUCAUUGCUCAGCAAGGUUCUCCAAUCCCUAUCCUAAAUGGUGGUGCUCUUCAGGGAUGCUUUACACCCUAUGCGUUCUCCUAAAAUUUUCUAAGUUAGACCUUUUUUCCGAGCUCCAGACCCACAAAUCUGCUAACCGUGCCUCCACUUGGAUAGCUCAUAUGUAUUCCAAACUCAGCAGGUUCCAAACUGAGCAUUUCCACCUCCCCACACCCCACACCUGCUCUUCCUCCAGGAACCCCCAACUCUGUAAAUGGCACCACCAUAUAUCCUGUUGUGCCUGCCCAAAACCUGGAAAUCAUCCUUGACAUCUCCCUCUUGUCAACUCCCCGACAUGCAGUCAAUACUCAAGUCCUAUAGAUGCUGCUUCUAAAUGUCUGUCUGUUGUCACUGCCUCCACUCUUACCAUCCUUGGCCUUGAGAUCUAACCAUCUGGAGUAGUCACCUAAGUGGUCUUUUAAGCAGAUCUUCACUCAUCGAUGCCCCUGCCUGGAAUGGGCUGUUGCAGCUUCACUCACCCUUCAGAUCUCAGCUUCAGUAUUACUUCUUCAGAGGGUAUCUCAGCGAAUUCGGAAGUCUAGGAAGACUAGUGCUUUCAUGAAUGAUGUCUUAUGGAAUCUUCAUAACAACCCUGGGAAGUUGUGUAUUUUUCCAGUUUUACAGAAGAGAAACAGACUUAAGUGAUUAGUUAAAUUGUUUAAAAUGAUACAAGAUGGGCAUCUUCCUAUGUUGCCCAGUCUGGUCUCUAACUCCUGGGCUCAAAGUGAUCCUCCUGCCUCCGCCUCCAAAAGUGUUGGGAUCACAGGCGUAAGCCACUGCACCCUGCCUGCCUGCCUUUUACAUUUGAAGAGCUCAGUAAAUGUGAUUUCAGAAAGUAUGGAUAUACUUUUCAGAAUAAGAGGAGGCCUUGAUUUGGCUUUUCAGCUAGCUACUCCUAAUGAAAUUUUUCUCAAGAAGGCACUGAAACAUGUGUUGAGUGACCUGUCAACCAAGCUUUCUUCAAAUGCCCUUGUGUUCAGAAUUUGCCACAGUUCAGUGUAUAUAUGGCCUAGCAGUGACAUAAACACCAUUCCUGGAGAACUGACUGAUGCUUCUGCUUGUAAGAACAUACUGCGCUUUAUUCAAUUUGAGCCGGAAGAAGAUAUAAAACGAAAAUUCAUGAGAAAGAAGGACAAAAAGUUAUCUGACAUGCAUCAAAUAGUAAAUAUAGAUCUUAUGCUGGAGAUGUCAACCUCCCUGGCAGCUGUAACGCCCAUCAUUGAAAGGGAAAGCGGAGGACACCAUUAUGUUAAUAUGACUUUACCUGUCGAUGCAGUUAUAUCUGUUGCUCCAGAAGAAACAUGGGGAAAAGUUCGUAAACUCCUAGUUGAUGCAAUUCAUAAUCAACUAACUGACAUGGAAAAAUGUAUUUUGAAAUAUAUGAAAGGAACGUCUAUUGUGGUCCCUGAACCACUGCACUUUUUAUUACCAGGGAAAAAAAAUCUUGUAACAAUUUCAUAUCCUUCAGGAAUACCAGAUGGCCAGCUGCAGGCCUAUAGGAAGGAGUUACAUGAUCUCUUCAAUCUGCCUCAUGACAGACCCUAUUUCAAAAGGUCUAAUGCUUAUCACUUUCCAGAUGAGCCAUACAAAGAUGGUUACAUUAGAAAUCCACAUACUUAUCUUAAUCCACCUAACAUGGAGACUGGUAUGAUAUAUGUGGUCCAGGGCAUAUAUGGCUAUCAUCAUUAUAUGCAGGAUCGGAUAGAUGACAAUGGAUGGGGCUGUGCUUAUCGAUCUCUGCAGACUAUCUGCUCUUGGUUCAAACAUCAGGGAUACACAGAGAGGUCCAUUCCAACACACAGAGAAAUUCAGCAGGCUCUAGUCGAUGCCGGUGACAAACCAGCAACAUUUGUCGGAUCACGGCAAUGGAUUGGAUCUAUUGAGGUACAGCUGGUACUAAACCAAUUGAUUGGUAUAACUUCAAAAAUACUGUUUGUCAGCCAAGGUUCAGAAAUUGCCUCUCAAGGACGGGAACUGGCUAAUCAUUUCCAAAGUGAGGGAACUCCAGUUAUGAUCGGGGGAGGAGUUUUGGCCCACACAAUACUAGGAGUUGCAUGGAAUGAGAUUACAGGGCAGAUAAAGUUUCUGAUUCUAGAUCCACAUUAUACCGGUGCUGAAGACCUGCAAGUUAUUUUGGAAAAGGGCUGGUGUGGAUGGAAGGGCCCAGACUUUUGGAACAAGGAUGCAUACUAUAACUUAUGUCUUCCUCAGCGACCAAAUAUGAUUUAAAAUAUCUUGGACUCAAAGACUGCAGUAGAGUAGUAUUAUAAAUUUGUGAAUAAAGAAUCAGUUUAAUUUUUCACAUUAAA